AUGUCCGUUUUGGUCAACGGUAGUGCUACCAAAGAUUUUAAAGUUCAAAGAGGCUUACGUCAAGGUGACCCGAUUUCUCCUUUUCUCUUUGUAAUCGCUAUGGAAGGUCUUAGUGCUCUCAUGAAGAAAUCGGUGGAGGUGCGGGAUUUUAAACCGUUCAAAUUUGUUGAAGAAGAUUAUGUGGAUAUUCUCCAAUUUGCAGAUGACACUGUAAUUAUUGGAGAACCUACAUGUGAUAAUCUUUGGAGUAUGAAAGUAUUGUUGAGAGGCUUCGAGCUUGGUCUUUUCCGUUUGAAUUCCUUGGUAUUUGGGUUGGAGAAGGUGCUAGUAAGAAGAGUGUGGAAGGAUGUGGUUACUAAUAUCAAAUCAAGAUUAUCAAUGUGGAAGGGUAGAAAUAUUUCCAUCGGCGGAAGGAUGACUCUUAUUGGUUCGGUGCUUAAUGUUAUCCCAAUCUUUACUCUUUCCUUCUUUAAAUCUCCGAGCAAAAUUAUCCAAGAAAUUAGAGGCCUUCUUAGUAACUUCUUAUGGAACGGGAAUGUGAACAAAAGAUGUAUUCAUUGGGUGAAGUGGGAGAAUGUUUGCAAACCUAGGGGAAAAGGUGGAUUGGGUAUUAGAGAUGUUGGUGAAAUGAAUAGAUCUCUCCUUCUCAAAUGGAAGUGGAGAAUAUUGAAGGAGGACAAAGCCACUUGGAGUAGAUUUCUACUAUUGAGAUAUCAAAAUCCAAAAAUUAAAGUGUUAGCCUCUUGUGUGGAUGUUUUAAACCAGGAUGAUUCUAGUUGGUGGAGAGAUAUCAUCUUUAAUGACUUUAAAGAGGAGGAUUCUGUUGAAGGCUUCAAUGAUUGGCAUAGUUGUUGGUUGGGCGAUCAAACUCUUCAUGCUUCCUUCUCGCAUUUGUUCGAUCUGUCAACCAAUAAACUUUGCAAGGUUAGUGAUGUCAUCACUUGGAACAAUGGUGCUUAUUCUUGGAAUAUUUAUGUUCUCUUUGGUAUUGAUGGCUUGCUUCCAUUGGGUCCGAAUUUCUUCCAACCCGCCUCAAACGGAAUAGUUUCGGUUUUUGAUCUUCAAUUGAGGGAUUUAAAAAGCGUUAUUGAAUGGCAUUGUCUCGAACAACUUGGAAAAUGA